UUUUUUUUGAUUUUUAAUACAACUCACACACAUAUAAAAACUCAAUCUAUUAUUAUUAAAAAAAUGAUGUCAAUAACAAGAAAACCAUCAUUAUCUGAUAUCUUAAACAAUGAAACUUCAUAUCCAUAUUCACUUGAUGAUUUUGCUACUUUCCUCGAUCAAACAUAUUGUCUUGAAAAUUUAGAAUUUUAUACGGCCGUAAGAAGAUAUACUUAUUAUGCUUAUAAUUUUUAUAAUUAUUCUUCCUCUCCUAUGUCAUCAAGUCUUGAUUCAGACUCAAUCUUGGAAUCUCCUUUAGUUGACCCUAAUUAUGAAGAUGAUUCUUCUUUACGUGGUGACGCUCCUGCUCAUCUUAAUUUUCUUAAACAAAAAUUACAUGAUUUAAUAUCAACUUAUAUUUUACCAAAUUCACCAAAAGAAAUUAAUAUUCCUGCUGAAACUAGAGAUGAUUUAUUAGCUAACGUAUUUCAAUAUAAUAAUUAUCAUCCUUCAAUAUUUGAUAAUGUAAAAGAUCAAAUUUAUGAAUUAAUGGAAUCUUCAAGUUUCAAUCAAUUCUUGGUAGAAGCUGGUAAUAUAGAAUUAAGAAUGUCAAGUGAAAGUGAAAGUUGUCAAGAAGAUUCUGAUCAUUCUUCAGUAUCUGGAGGUGGUAAAAGUACCUCUAAUAAUAAUACAAAAAGUAAUAAACAUCUAAGAAGAUUUAGUGGUUUGAAAUUAAAAGAAAAAUAUAGAAAAUUAUUAAAAACAACCACUCAUACAUCAACAAAAAGUCGAAACAGUUUCUUAUUAUAAAAAAAGUUUUUUAUUAUAUUAUUAUAUUAU